CCAAACACCAUGUCUUGAUAAACUUUCGCGUCGUUCCUCCUGUAAUUCGCGGAAAUCAAAGAGUUUAUAGCUCAUGGCCAUUGCCAAAAUGUAGGAAAUUCGAUAAAGUACUCUCAUUUCAACUCUGUAAAAUGGAUUCUGGAGAGCAUGUGCGAUUUUAAUCAUGGCAGUGAAAUGGCAAACGACUUUGUGGUUUUACGUAGAGAUGCUGAAGAAUAAAUGUGAACUACGGCAAAUUGUCUCUGAAACGUGUCCAGUUCACAGCAAAAAGUGUUCAUUAAGCUACUAGGAUGUCAACAGAUUCAUCUAGUGACAAUAUCGACGCACUUACAGAAAAGAACUUGGAAUCCUUGUUACAGGAAGAUGAAGGAUUUGUAGAUUUCUUUAACAAUUUCCUUGCAUUACCAUGCUUUGCAGAGCGUCUUCACUACAACACAGAACUUGGAGUUUUUGAGGAAUUUAUUGAAAAGUUAGCUGAUGACGUGGGUAAAGGAGAUGCCAAGGCUGCAUCACAGCUGCGUCAAUUCACACAUUUUAAAGGAACCAUCUACAAUGUGGCUGCCAAUCAAUCACGCAUAGGUUAUUAUGUGACUGUACUUGACAAGGUACAAGGCCUGGAAUUUGUAAAGAAGCACAGACUGCAUCUUUUCCUUAGAAGUGAGCUUUAUGCUGAAUACAAACUGACUAAACACCUUUCAACUGUCCAGGAGUCCUUCUUCCGCGACUUGCACCCAGAAAGUUCAGAGGAUGAUGACAGCGGAGUCGAAGAAGCCGCCGUUUUCCACCCUGCAGGUCGAAGACGGAGUGUUGUUAGUUUCAAUUUAACUCCUUCCUUGGGCGAAGUGCCAUCCCCCGAUACGGAUAGGGACGCUGAGAAUGAAGGAAUUAUGUACCUUCCAACCAAUGUGCGAUCCAUUGAAGAAACCUUCGAUGCCUGGCAUGAGUCAUUUAAACGUACAGAGAGCCGUGCUAGUAUGUUUAGCAGUGGGGAUGGGAGCUAUCGUAAGCUGAACACUCCACAGAUUAUGGAAGAAGACGAAGCUUCAGCGACACGAUCAACGUCGAGCUGCUUCAGUACUAAGGAGAGUGAAUCCUCUGCUUCAAACAACGCGAGGCCCGUCUCAGGAUUGAGCAUUGCUAGUGACAAUACUGAAAAGGGGCUGAGUCCUGCGGAGCCCAGUUCUAGGAUCAGUUCGGCGAGUACUGUAUCUUUUUUCUUAGAAAAUCAAAGUUCGUUUGUUUUAAACCAAGAAGAAUCAAAUGCUUGUGAUCUGGAUUCGGAGAGUAGGGGGGAUCGUCUUGGCGCGGAUGAAAUGACGCGCAGUUUGUCUUCAGCGCUAAGUUUUAUAACCGAGCAUGGGAAAGUGAUAGGGAACUCUUCUGCCCCAGGAAGUAUCAUUGGUGAAACAGAUUUAGGGGAACAAGAAGACGCAACAAGGAAAGAAGAUAACACAAGCGAAAAAGACUUUGUUGUCGAAGAAGCGGGUAUUGCAGGUCGAGAGGGCAUUUCUUCUAGAGAAGAGGCAGAAAGAGAAAGUGUACCACCCGGGGAGAAAGAUUCUGUUGUAGAGUUCGAGCAAUUUGCGGAGCACAAGAACUCAUGUUUUAAGGAAGGUAUAGAGGAGAAUCUCGCUAAGACUGAGAGGGACGGGUAUCCCUUAGAAUGUGAGUCUCUAACUGGUAGCAGCACGGUUGAAAAUACUUCACCUGACGGUACUCGGUCUGAAAUGGGUAUGGGAAACUCUGAGAGUGAUGUUAUUAAGGAGCCUCUGACACCAGAUCUCGGGGCACAAAGAAAAAGUGGUAAUGAGGACGCGAGGGAAAGUCUAGAUGAAGAACAAGUGCCAAGUAUUGAUAUAGAAGUUACGUGCAGUGAUGAAGAGGAAACUUUGGAUAAGGAAACUGCUUUGAAUGACGACGCGGUUGAUUUAAAUUCUGUUGCUGACUCUAACAGUGGAGAGAACUGUGGAUCGGUCGCAGCACGCAUGGAAUUAUCUCUCAACACUGAAGAUAUUUUUAUCAUAAAAGAAAAGGCGUCUGUUUCGAAUGCACCUGACUAUACUGGGCAAGUAGACGACAAUUUAGGUGGAAAUGACGAAAAGCGAAAUAGUUCAACAACACAGAGUGACGAGGGAAAACCAACUGUUUCAGACGAGGAUUGUCUUCAUUGUAAAAAUGCAAAACGUAAGGAUGUGUCUCCAACUUUAGGUAUGGAUGCUUCACUUGGAGAACGCAGCACUUCAAGUAAAGAGGAAUUAAAGAAAGUGAACUUAUCGAAUGUUGGUUCUGAUCCUGGAGAGAUAGGGUCUGUUGACGAGUAUAGUGGACAUAGAAGCGCUCAGAGUGGAAGCAUAGCUGAAGAAAUAUCGAACACAGGAAUAUCGGCGUUAUCAGAAGUGGAUGUGGACUCGGAGAAUAACAAUAAAGAAACUUCGUUUCAGGGUCGUGAGAAUGAUGAUACAGAGAUGGCGACUGGUGAAAUCAAAUCUAAGAAACAAGAUCUCCAAGGAGAAGAACCCUCCCCGGGAAAAGAUUCCGAUGAGGAUGACGAUGACCGCGAAGAUGACGAUGAAGCAGGUUACACAACCGAGGCCAGUGCGACAACUCUUCAAGGAAUUCGAGGCAUCUUCGGCUCCAGACGACGUAGCAGUUUGGCGGCUACUUCGGUUGGUUUUGACGCGGGAGAUGAUUCAAUGUUCAGUGACGAUGGUUCUGAACUGGACGACAAACCGUAUGAUUUAGCUACCAAAGAAGGUUUCGACAUGUUCAGAGAGUUCCUUUUGGAGACAAGUGGGGAGAAAUUAUUACAGUUUUGGUUGGAAGUUGAGUGUGGAAAGUACUUGGAAAAUGAGGACGAAAGAAACAGAUUGGUGCAGUCUCUUCGUGAUAGGUUUUGGAGAAGCGGAGGAAUUUACGAGUUCUCUGCAGUUACAAAAUCAAGAUUAAAUUUGGUGGAUGCAUCGACAUUGACUUUCGAGAGGUUGUUCUCCAUUCAGCCUGACGUACUCAGACCUCUGUUAAGUUACUGGUGUAUACGUUUUACGAUGCAUCAGCAACGUGUUUCUCACUCUCAUGACCACGAUUACAACACAAUGUCACAAGACAGGCUGAAAUCAUGUUUUAGACGUGAGAUCACAUCAUCAAACCUUCCACAAGUCCCUGCGCACGUGGGUCUGUCCCAAGUUCUAGCGAACAACACCUUGGCCAGGCCCCAAAGUAGCUUUGUCAAGAACCGGCCGGUAACGCAACACCAGACAUCCAGACCUCAAGUACGAGCCAAAUCUGCCCAUCCACGGCUUUUGCAAGCGAAUAAGUAUAUGCAUACUAAUGCAAGUACGACGCAAUUACAGAACAUUAUUGCUCCUGUGAGGACGGGAUACGGUUUUGAGCAGCCCCCAGGACCGUCCUUUCCUGUUGAACCUGAACCAGACUAUGCACCCUCCGUUAGGCUGUUUAUCAACCCCGUGCCCUCCCCUGACAGUAAAAUUCAGAGAAUGAUGAGGACGCUCCACCGAACUUCUAUUUAUGUCGAGGGUUCUAAGCCGGCUCUUGCCAGAGAAACUGGAUCCAAGACCGCCGCUAUGAUGGAUUCGUUGAUACAGGGACUGAUUUACGAGCGGCAGACUGGGGACUACUUUAAAUUGUUUUUGCAGAAGUCAGGAAACGAGACCUGGAUGAACUGCUUGGCUUUUUGGAAAUCUCUUCAAGAGUACAACGCGUACUUUUUUGCCGAUUCUCUCAAUCCUUCUCUAUUGUCAAGGAAGGCACGGACAAUGUACGCCAAUUUCGUCGUAUCAGGCAGCGCUCAGGAUGUUCAUGUGCACAGGGACAUUCAGGUGCAGGUACAUAAAGAACUGGAACCACCAUAUGAGGAGCUAUUUGACGCAGUCGAGGAGCAUGUUCUUCAUUCACUUCUGGAACCCUGGCAACUUCAUUUAGAGCAAGAAAAAAGCAUGUUCGAUGCUGAGGUACCUAAACAACAGACCUUGAGGCAUAUUGAAAUUCAAGUGGUGGCGAAACGAAGGCAGAGCAUUAUUUCAACUCGUAGAGGGCUUGACCCAGCCGAAGAGGAUCAUGAAAAAGAGCGAAUUUCUGUAGAAGAAGCCAACAGACCUUUCCCUGUUCCAAAAGAUGGAAUCACGUUUGAAUCACUCAUAAGAAACCGAGACGAAGUGGAAUACUUCAAAGAAUUCCUCAACAAGAAACAUAACAGAGGUAUCAAAGAUCUCAUGGCUUGGACAGACAUGGAGACUUUUCGCCGCGUUCCCCGAUUCAUGGAAGAGAAACGUGACAAGAAAGCCAGAGAAAUUCGCGAGAACUGGCUCGGUAAGAAAUAUUUCUUUGGAGCUGACAGCCCAGCAACAAGGGAUGGCCAAAACUUGAUAAUGAACAUAAACGGGGGACGCCCGAUAAAGGAACGACCCCAGUCGCCAGUUAUACUGGAAAGCCAGAAGUUUGUUCGCGCGCGAAUUGAGCGCCGAUGGUUGAUGUUAUUUAAACAAACGGCAGAAUUUCUAGAAAGGCAAAAACCUCGCGCAGUUAGCGUGCCAGAGAUGGUAGAGGACAUCAUGUUGAAGAGGCGGCUGCAGAGGAGUGAAGCUGCCUGGAAGAUUUUAAACAGCAGGUGGGUGUCUUCGUCGCGUGACGUGGUGGCAUUGCGUCAGACGCUACUCAAUCCCAGUCUCGCUGCCGAAUUCACGGCUUUCGUGGCAAUGAAGGGAGACACCUUGGAAAGUAAUGUUCAAUUUUGGCUCGAAGUACAGAAAUUCAAGGAUUUAUGUCAUGCACAUGCGCAACAAGCCCUAAUUCAACGCAAAAUUCAGACCAUCAUAGACUGUUUUCUGAACUCGGCUAUUGCUCCUGAACUGCAAAUCGAUAUUCCUAUUGAGAUGGCUGACAAACUGAUGGAAAGGCUCUCGGGGAGGAAUCCUUCAAUUCAUCCUUACGUCUUCAGAGAGGCACAGAUGACCGUUUUUCGAGUUCUUUUUAACCACUGGAAGGAGUUCAUAACUCACCGGAGUAAAAUACCAGAGGGCGAGGAUCCAAGGGAACACUUUGCUGAAAUGCUGAGGAGACACAGGGCUGACAACAAGUCUAAGAAGGAGGCCAGUGAACGGAGGAGACUGGCGCGACUCAGUGCCGAAAGAAAAAAGAAAGAAAAGGAGGAACGAGAAAAGAAGCGCAUUGAAGAUCUGUCAAGCUUAUUUAGUAUGGACACAGGCUCCUAUUUUUACUCGGAAGAGGAUGAUCUACGCUCUUGGUCGUACUCCAAGCACUUAGUGGAGCAGGAGAGACAGGAACACAUCAAACGGCUUAGGGAACAAGGAAUUAUUGUCCCGGAGGAAGAACUCGUGGAAGAAAAGGAGGAGACGAAAAGUCGUCGCUCUCGCGUCUCCAUGACAAAGUCCUCCACUUUUGGGAAGAAAGUUCAUGACACAGCCAGUGACAAGAAAAGCAGUGAAGGAUCUUCGAGGAGACUUCAAGCAAAGCUCGGAAACCUUAAAAAGCACACACAUGGUCAGAUGUCUCCGUCGUUAGCUAGGCGUGGCUCUGCCGUGUCUACAGUUGUGUCAAUAACGCGCCGUAAUUCUGGCGUGUCGCUUGCACUGUCACGCAAGGAUGAAAAAAUGAGUGUGGCAACAGUAAGUAAAGAUGACAAAGGUGUCGAAAAAGGAGAAGAAAAAGUCACUGUCCUAAAGGAUACGCAAGAGGAAAAGAUAAAUCAAGGAAAAAGCUCUGAGAUUCAAGUGAUCCAUAUCGCCUCUCCAGAAACACCACAACCUCAUAACGAAGGUAAAUUGUUACCGCAGCGAUCACGCAGUUCUAGGCGACUUCUACCAGGAAAACAGCCACCGAAAUCCGCUGGAAAGAAACGCGUUCCCUUAGAUGCUAUUUCGUGUAUUAGUGACUACAGUGUUUUAAGUAAUAUUGAGUUUCAGCCUCGUGUGACGCCGUUAGGGAAAGAUGGUCAACAGGGAGGAACCUCUCUACUUACGUCCAAAUCUCUCAAGGACUUCACAAACUCGCCUGAAGGAGCUCAACUCUCGAUGCCUUUACCGCUGGUCAGAAUCACGUCAGCAUCUCAUCUUGAAAAGUCGGACACCGACGGCUCAAUCGGAGAUCCAUCGCCAUUGUACUACAAACCACGUCCGAUGACCCAGAGCCUCAAGAAAUCGCCCACCAGGCCGGGAAGGAGAAAGGGCCUGGGACUCACUAAAGAAGAAAUGCAGAUCAAACCGGAUGUAAUUGUGAACUAACUGACGAACGUUCUCUCCAUUAUAUUUUUUCUUUUCCCUUUGAAGCUAGUGUGAAAUGGAUUUUUUCAAACUGAGGUUCAUAAGAAUCUCAUCUUAUCUGUGCUAAAUUUACGGUACAUUCUCGGAAAUCGGUCAAAAUUAUUCGCAGAAUGGUCACACAAUCGCGUGCGCAACUUGCGUCACGUCGUUUGAUUUCUGGUAAAAAAGUCGUUAUGUAUAGAAAAGUUGCUAGAUAUCUAAUGUACAUUGAAUGUAAAAGUUAUUGUAUGACAUAAAAUGUCUCUAUUGCGCAUGCGACCAGGAGAGACGUGUGCGUCAGCACAGGAAAAUGUGUCUGAUUAUUCAAUUGCGACCAAUCAGAUUGGAACACGUUCAGUUGUUAAAAAGAAUAGUAAUGUUCGUGUUCAGAUUCCUCUCUGGCAUAGUCAUUAAUGCAACGAAAUAAACCCUAUUUAACAAUUCCAA